GUAACUUAUGUAUCAAAGUAUGUAUCGUAUCACUGCUAAUGAGAUGAUAUUGACCUGAUCUUGUUUGAAUGUUUUCAGGUGUCCCAGAGUACUUUACUGUGGUUGUGAAGGCAGAAGAGUCGUCACCGCUUCAACAAACAGAGCCCAAAGAGGAGACGCGAGGAGAGGACAUCAGCACAGAAGCACAGUUACACUCAGAGACUGACGGAGACACAGAGCACUCCUCUGACAAUGAGGAGGACUGGAGAGCUCCGUUCAACUGGUCAGAUGAUGAAGACCAGUUGGGAGCAAUAAGCACCACUGCGCAAAACUCAGGUCUGUCCCCUGAACACAAGUCUGCACCGGAGACUAGUGACACUGUGAACAAUGGAGACAAGUCAGGAACAGGUGAACGCAUUAAAGGCAAGACGCAACAAUGCCCUUUUUGCACAAAGAUAAUAAAAGGGAGUUUAGAGAGACAUAUCAGAAUUCACACAGGCGAGCGACCUUACAGCUGUUCAACUUGCAAUAAGACAUUUGCUAAUAAGUAUUAUUUACGGGUCCAUAUAAGAAUACACACAGGAGAGAGACCUUACAGCUGUUCUAUCUGUAACAAAACAUUUUACCAGGUAAGUGCUCUAAAUGUUCACAAGAGAACGCAUUCAGGCGAAAAACCUUUCAGCUGUUCCAUCUGCCAGAAAGAAUUUACCCAACUCUCUGGACUGCAGCGGCAUCAGAGUAAGCACACGGAGGAAAAACCAUUCAGCUGUUCCAUCUGUAAUCAGACAUUUCUCAAUAAGGCGAGACUAGUUGUACAUAGUAAAAUACACACUGGAGAGGCACCUGUCAGCUGUUCAGUUUGUGAGAAAACAUUCCCGGAUAACUCGGCUCUCCGUGUACACACAAGAACACACACGGGAGAGAGACCUUUCAGCUGCUCAGACUGUGACAAAACCUUUCACACGAUGGGUAAUCUAAAGACUCACAUCAGAACGCAUUCAGGUGAGAAACCCUUCAGCUGUUCUGUCUGUAAGAAAGAAUUUACCAACCAAACUGGACUGAGGGGCCACAUGAGACUGCACACGGGGGAAAAACCUUUCACUUGUUCCAUUUGCAAUAAGACUUUUUCUCACAAGGGGCAUCUAAAGGCUCAUAAAAGACUUCACACAGGAGAAAAACCAUUCAGCUGCUCAUCCUGUGAUAAAGCAUUUUCCACGGCAACUCAUCUACGUUUACAUACAAGGACGCACACAGGGGAGAGACCUUACAGCUGUUCAGACUGUGACAAAACCUUUUCCCAAAAAAGCUCUCUAACCGCUCACAAAAGGACGCACACGGGCGAGAAGCCAUACAGCUGUUCCAUCUGUAAUAAAGACUUCUCACAGCUCAAUGGACUGAAUACCACAUGAAAUGCCACGCCAGGGGAAAGUCAUUCAGCUGUUCAGUGUGCAACAAAACAUUCUCCCACCGACGUAAGCUAAAUAAACACAGAAAAACCCACACAACGGAAAUCACAGAAGACGCUCCCAAAGAGAAACCAGUCAGCUGUACAGAGCAAGACAUGGAAACACAGGGACAAUGAGAAUAAAGGUCAAAUGUCCUGGACAAUGUCUCCACCUUUUGUUUGCUGGACUUGGAUAUGCAUAUCAAAUUUCUUAUAAAAUUAAUAUAUCAAAUAAUCAUUACCACAUAGAGCAGCUGUUUUUUAAUCUUAUUUUGAAAAACCCUCUAAAACUGAACAAAAGGCAGGAAAUUAUUUUAUUUUGUUAGCAGGCCUGUCAUGAUAAUGCAAUAGUUUGCUGAAAAAAAAUAUAAAUGAUAAACAAUAUUAUUCUGCUUGUUUCAAUAUUAAAGAAAAAAUCUAAAUGUGCAAUAAUGCCAGAUGUUAUUGUAGUAGGGAAAGACCCACGAUAAUCAUUGAACCCCAGACGUUAGUUCCAUUUAUCAUUUACUGAAUGAUAAACCAGUACAGGAACCGUCAUGACAGGCCUUUCUGCAAGACAUGAUCAUGCAUCACACAAAAACAUCCCAUAUUUUUUACUAGUGUAAGCACAACCCAAGGGCCGCAGUAACUGUUCUCUAUAUAAUUUCAGUUCCACCACAAAAAUGUUUUUAUGUUGAUCUGUGUCUGAAUAAUUCAGUCAAUACACGCAUCAAGAAUCUCGGACUUCUGUACAUUGCGCAAAACCGAUCAUUUCAAGUCUUUUGAACCAUAUCGCUUUUGUUACUGGUUUUGA